GCGGGCGGCGGGCGCAGUCCGUGCUCGGCGCAGAGCAAAGCCGGUCCCGGCCCCGCGCUCCAGCCCCGCCGCGAUGGCCCGCCUCGGAGCCAAGACACACCUGAUCCCCAGAGCCUGGCUGGCUCUCCUGUUCGUGGCCUGCUGCUGGACCCAAAAAGGAGACUACUGCAAGCAGAUCAUCACUGACAAGCACCUGAACGAACUGCAGGACCUGAUUGACACACAGAUGAUGAACACUUGCAAGGUCUCCUUUGAGUACAUUGAUGAGAAGCUGUUGAACAAGCCAAUCUGUUUUGUCAAGGCAGCUUUCCCGCAACUGAAGCAUAUCCUGGAUAAAAUGGAGUACAAGGAGAACUCAUCCAACUUUGAGAAGGCAAACAACGUGAGAGAGAUGUACACCAAGAUUGACGAGAAUGAAGAAAUAUGCAUUGAGGAGCAGGAUGAAGAGGAGAAAGAGCUUUCCCAGGCCUGUGUGAAGAAGUUCAGCACCCCUCCCGAGGAGAUGCUGGGACUGCUGAAGAAGUUCUUCUCCAAGGUCAAGGACCUCCUGGACCAGAAGGUAGACUUCAGACAGGACUGCAGUGAUACCUACCGGAAGCUGUGCUCAGCCUCCAAGAAACAGGAGACCUCAUCACUAGGUGUGGCUGCCCAGAACUGCAACUGCCCUACAGCAAGCCCCAUCCCUGGGCGACCCUCAACCUCUCUCCCUCCGGGCUCUGUCACCAAGCCCCUCCCCUCCACUGUAGCCCUCCAAGGCAGCGAGGAAUUUGCUGCCGGCACCCACCCACCACACAGCCUGCCUGAUACCCUGCAGACUCCCACCAAACUAGAUGGCAGCAUCAGGCCUCAGGCAUUCAGGAGCACACACAGCAGCACGGGUACAAAACAGCUCCUGGGCCCCCAGGCUGGCACGUCUGCCACCACGUCCUCACCAUCUGCAGAAUCGGAGCCAGUGCCAGUGUCACAGGGACAUGGGGAUGAGUUCAUCAGCACUGAAUCCCUCCAGGACCCUGCUGAAGCUGUCUGGCAGGAGCCCCUUAGUACCAAGGGCUUCUCCAUCUCUCCACCUAGCUCAGCCCCUGAUGAGAGGAUGUUACAGAGGGAAGAGAAUGGAUUCCAGGAUCCUUCCCUGCCCUCCAGAGCUGGGAGCAUGCAACUAGGGCUGGCUGGGCAUGGCAAGCUCGCUUCUGCUUCACCUAAUCCAUCGCCUGUCACAAAAAGGCUGCAUACCAGGGCAGUGGAAGAUGCCACCUCUGCUGCCCAGGCACCCGCAGGGACAGAUCCAAGUGAUCACUCGAUGGAAGCCAUCAGCAUCGAAGCCACAUCCAGCCCUGCCCCUGUCAGCGUGGAGGCAGAGGAUGCCUUGGGGCUGGCCUAUGCUGACAGUCCAGGAACGCCCCUGCUCAGCGAGCUGUCACUUGGCCCAACUCUGAGUUCCAAGGAGCCGAUCUCAGUAGUGCAGCAUCGUUUCUCCAGGAUGGCAGCCACCACUGACAACCCAUCCCCUCCUGAAAAGCACCCCUGGGAGAGUCCUUGGCACCCAGCAGGGCAGGGCAGAGAGCCAGGCACACAGCACUUCCCUGAGAAGAGAGUGGGGGGAAGAAUUCAGGGGCUGUCCAGGUUCAAAGAGCCCGAUGACAGCAUGGCAGGGCCUAGGGUUGACUUGAACUUCAUUCCUCCGAACACAGACCAGCGCGGGAAGGAGGAGGCGAAGCUCAGAGAGAGCCAUUGGGAGCCCCUGAUAUACACGCUGGCAGUUAGCAUCCUAACUGCACUCCUGCUGGCAGUGGGAGGCCUGCUCUUCUACAGGCAUAAAUCCAGGACCUUGGAAAAACAGCUGCAAAUGAGAGGGAAUGACCUGGAACAGCAGGAGGGAAGGCUGCUGCAUGGAGCACAGGACCGUCUGGAGCUGCAGGUGCAGAGAGAGCUAUGAGCUGGGCCUCUCUCGUCAUGGGCAGCGAGGCUGUGUGGGGCUUGGACUCCCCUCACUUCUUGAGGCGGGGAAUCUCAGCACUGUCUGGAGGAGAAGCUGCACUAUCUGGACCCCACCUUCAUCACCCUGGCGAUGAUGAUGCUCUCUCUGUCUCUUGCUCUUGCUCUUCCUGUGUCUGAAACAUCAUCAGGAAAAAAACAAGAAGGACACUAGCUACUUCUGGUACUGGAGCCCAGCUUCCAUGUUGCCCCAAGCCCCAGCGAACUGCCAAUGGAGGAGUCAGGGUGGCCUUGAAGGAACAGGAGACAUGGCCCCCGCAGACCUGCUUUGGGAAGGACAGUGGCUUGCUUCUGAUGGGGCAGGCCUGGAAUUGUGGUGCCGGCGCUCUCCACGGCACAGAGGGUCUGCUGACUCCAGAGGGACUUUCUCACCACGUAGGAUAGCCUAGCAGUCGCUGGCUCGGUCCAGGCUUGGCGGUGCCAUGGAAGGCUCUGUGAUGAGGCAUGCCCGGGCAGAAAGGGAGGACUGCACUGCGUCUGCCUGCUCCCAGUCUGCUCCUUGCCAGUGACUCUGGAUCCCAGGCGGAUGCUGCAGAUGGGAGGGACCAGAGGGCAGUAAUCUGGGGUCUCCUUGUCCUUCCUAGAUUGGCUCCCUGGUGUGGGUGAGGAGGGGGAUUAGCUGCUUCUUGCUAGGGCUGCUCCUGCCCUGCCACCUGUCUAUGAGCUAAGCCUGUCUGUCUCCUGACCCUUUGCUCUUGCUGCCCCAGCGUGCUGCAAUUUGGGAUGAUCUCCCCCCCCCACCUUCGGAUGACCAUCAACUGCCUGUUGGCCAGAUCACCCCCUUCAGGAUGCCAUUAGCUACAUGCACCGGCCAGUACAUCCCCACCUGCUUGUCCCCUUUUUGCCCCAGAGCUGCCACACCUGGGAGCUUGGCUCUAGCUGUGACAGGCAGUGUUUGCCUCAUUCCUUCCUUCACGCCCUGGGCUGGAGGCCUUAGGGGGCAGCAUGGUGUGUUUGGCUUCCUACUUGCUGAGGCUCCCAUGCAUGGGGCUGGAACGCAGCAGUGUGGUGCAUUGCACCCCUUCCUUCAUCUGCCCUGACCCCCACGUUGGGGGCCUGGCAGAGAGGAGAGGGGACCUGCACCCCAUGGUCCUUGCUUCCACUUCCCUCUUCCAUUCCCAAGAGGUGCUGGAGACCUGGCACUGGGAGAGCAAACUGGCUGAUUGAGCUUCCAGUUCCCAACCCCAAGGAGAAGCCAAACCUCUGCACUGUGAAUACGCACUGCUUUGCCUGUGUUUCUGCCCUGUGGGCACGUGUGCAGGACAUGCCAGAGGUAAGCAACUGCAGGUGGCCUGGCUCAGUGCCCCUGUCCCGUGCACUGGGCCCCUCCCUCUUCCUUCUGGAUCCUGUGCCUCUAAUUCCAUCCUUCUGCCUGUCCCUGGCCAAGGGAAACCUGUUCCUGGUACUCUGCAGCCAGUUAGUUAAGGACCCCGAGCUGGCCUCGGGCUGGGAGAACUGCCUUAAUCACGUUUAUGCUUUAAUGUAUUGGAUAAAUUUUAUCCUGUAAAGUAUUUUAUUGGAGGGCGCAAGCGUGGCCAGCCAUGGGUGCGGCGGGUCAGGCCCUGCGUGUGGAGCUAUAGGCAUGAGCUGGUCUCAUGUCAUGGACCGGAUUUUCAUGACUGUGCUUUAAUGUACUGAAUAUGUCUUUAUUUUCUAAAGGACUUUUUAUCCAGUAACGUGGGUGCAGCAGGCACAGCCCCAGGCUGGCAUUUGAGCUCGCGUGUGUAUCUCACUAGGGUCACGUGGGACUUGUACGCUGCCAGGGUAUCAAUGCACCUUGUGGAUGUGGCAAACCUGUGGUAUGUGAUAGUGAUCUGUGCAGCUCGGGAUGCAAGCAGAUGUCAUCCUGAUCUGAGCCAGGCUUUAUUCCUGUGUAUAGCCCCCUCCCAGCUCUGCUGUUCUGAUGAUCAGGAGCUUUUCUAGUGGCUGGGGGUCUCUGCCAUCUCCAUUGCAUAGCUGGAAGAGGUUAAGGCACCUGGCCCACAUUGCACAGUAAAUCAAUAAGUCAGAACCAGGAUUGGAUCCCAGGACUCCUUUCUGCUAGACCAAGUGCAGUAGGCCACUGGUCUCCCAUUGCACUGUUGAAAUAUCCCCAUCCCUAAAUCCUGGUUAUUCAGUCUGUGGAGGCUGCUUCUGUCAAUGAUGCUCCCAAGAGUGGGAUUCUGGUGUCCUACCUGCACUGAUUUCUGGUCCCCCUCUCCACUCCAUUCAGAGCCCUCUCAUGGCCUCUCCAAGUAGGAGGGCUGCCCCUGCUGGACUUUGCAAGCUGGCCACCUUCAUGCCAACCUCAUCUCUUCUUCAGCACCCUCCACCAAUCCAUGUCGACUUGUAGAAAGGGCCAGGGCCUCAGGGGGUGCAAAUCAGCCUAACUGCAGAACUGUGCUGAUUUACUCCACUGAAGAUCUGGCCCCAAAUCGGAAGCUGGGGCCAUGUGUCAUAGCCCGUGUGUUUUAUGCUACUCAAAGAUGGAAGGGUAUCUUAUUUAAGCCAACUUUUUAUUAUUCAUAGUAUUAGUAUUUUAAGCAUAUUUAUUAACUCCAAAGGUACAAGCCAUUCCAAAAGAGCAAUGUGGCACGUGACUGGAAUGAGAUACACACGCAGCUCAGGUAUCCAUGGCACAUAGGGUGUUUUUAUGUGUGCUGCGGGGGCGGGGGGCGUUUUAAUUAGAGUGGCUCAGAGAGCACCUGCAGCAUCUCACAUACCAGCGUCCCGCACUUCAAAAUGGUGAUGGGGGUGCUUUAAAGUUUGUUAAACGAGCUCUCUUUAAAGUGCCCCCAGCACCAUUUUGAAGCGCAGAGAUGCUGAUACAUGAGAUGCGGAGGCUGGCAUGCUAAUUAACACGCUUCAGCAGACUCGAUUAAACGAGUUUGCUCCGAAGUGCUGUAAUUACAGGGCAUCGGAGCAGCCUCGCGGCACGUCUACAAGCAGCCACAAGAGUCUAAUCUUACAUGCUCAGGUUAAUUCAGAGAUCAAUCCACUGACCUCAGUGGAGCAAUACUGUUGUAAGCAAGAUGAGACUUGCACCAGUUAAUACCGCUUUCUCACUGGUGGGCUGGAUCCUCACGAGGCCUAAGUCAAUGGAUGUGGCAGUAGAUGGCUCACGCCAGCUGAGAAUCAGGCCCAAGCUGCCUAAGCUGUGGCUGCUGCACUGAAGCUAGGCACCCCGUCAUGUUUUCACUCAUGUAUUAGCCGAUCAGAGAGUAGCUUCUGAUUUUGGGGGAGUUACUGUUUGGUUCAAACUGUUGUUCUUUUUUUUUUUUUUUUUAUACAUUGAAAUGGUGAAUUAUUUUAUAUGAAGUCAUUAAAAAAUAAUGUUUAUUUAAAAAUAGAGAAUGGCUUGUAUAUUUAAUAAUAAUAAACACAGAUGUGUAGCACUUUUUAA